AUGGCAUACACCGUCGAGCGACUAGAGUGGGUCAAGAGGCUCUUUCUCAAACCCAGACGAUCUCGCGGGUUCCCAAAGACCAGUGACAGCCCCAGGUACUCUCUGCGCGAGCGAUCCCGCUUCAGUACGCAGACGGUCACCUCAACCUGGAUUGAUGAUGAUAAUGACGAUAACUAUGAUCCGAAGGCCAGAUAUACCAGGAGGCGAAAGCGUUCAUCCCGACCACAUGACGUGGUUUCAGAUACACCAGAGCAACAGAAGAGUCUCGUCGUUGUUUUCCCCAUCAAAUCCGAUAGGGGAAGAGCAUUUCUUUCCUCACUUCUUGCGAACCACAAUGAUCACGGAGAGCCAACUUCGCCUGAGAUACCAUCAAAUGAAGUUAUUGACGGCGAUUUAAACCACCCCGUCACCCGCGUUAUUCGCACCUCCUUGGCGCAUCCGGUAAUCUUUAACCAUGAGCCGCCGGAGGAUGGAUCUAGCCCGUGUCACUGGUGCGACAACUUCACAUAUGGACUGCUGGGUUUGGGCAGACGAACAGUCGAGGUGUUGGAUUUUGGCGAUGGAAGAUACAUCGAGAUUGGUGGUGGUCAAGUUGCUGAAGGUCACGAGCCGAGUCGUAUGUGCGUUGUUUGCGCGCUUGAACGUGUUCAUGUCAUACGAUGUGUAGCUCAUCGAAUUGUCCCGCUCAAAGGAUAUGAUGUCGACACAUUUGAUCUGACGGGUGCGUACAAUAGCUUGGUUCCAAAGCCAGGACAGGCUCCGAAGAAGAUCAAUCCGUGGUGCUCAUUGUGUCCGAACCCGGCAUUUUUCGGAUGCGGUGCCUUACAGGCGGUCAAUAAGUUUCAAGAGCCUGUAGAUGCUUCCUCUCAAGAUGCGAUUGGGUGUGGUCUGCUCCUUUGCGAGAAAUGUGAGGGGCUGAUGCGUCUCUACCAGGGAGACUUGGCGAGAGUUGUUAUGAAGAAUGAAGAGACAGAUGCUGCGUUUGGGACACGCGCUGAUGCGAUGUAUUUGCUGCCGGGAAAUGACAUGUACCGGUCCUAUAUCGGAUCCUAG